UACGGGUUUACGUCACACGGAGAGCUCGUGAUGGCGGUUGAUUUGACUCCGCGUUUUAGAAGGUUGAACAGCCAAACGAGGAGUUUUCGUGAAAAUAUACAGCAUGGUUUCUCGGGGCCCUUUGGUGCCACCCAGCUGUGGCACAACAUCAUCCAAGCCCUGCAAACCCAGGUGGAGGUGCGUCGCUGUAGAAGGCAUCUACGCGUUCAUGCCGAAUGUUUCACAGGCUCAGACGCUGUGGAUGCCGUCCUCAGUUAUUUGAUGCAGAAUGUGGUGUUUUGCACAAGUGAAGUGUCUCGCCUCAAAGCUGCUCGACUCUGCCAGGCUCUGAUGGAGGCCAAGGUGUUCGAACCAGUGGGUACCAAGCUGUUUUGCAAAGACAAAGAAGUGACCUUUGAGGACAGCAGCUGCAGCCUUUACCGUUUCCUGGAAUAUAAAGUGUUAGCCAAUUCUGCCAUGAAGGAGUCCGAUUGCCAUAGUGACACAGAAAACAUGUCAGCAGAGGAACAGGGGCUAAAGAGGAAGAAGAGCUCCAGGAGGCUGAAUGAACUGAGGACGAUCUCUAAUCCUCUUGCUGUUGGACCAUCAGACAGGAGGGUUGAGAGGCUGCUGAGGACCAUCAACCUGCGACCAACCUUGUGUCCAUCUUUAAACGCUACCCCCACUACUUCUGCCUUUCUGUCCAAAACUGUGGUGGCUGAGGUUUGGAAGCAGCAGACACUGCUGCAGCUGCUGCAGAUCGUAGAGCUGCCAAUGCUGGACUGCAUCCUGACCUCUCCUGCCAGGGUUCAGCUCCGUGCCUGCAGAGCUCCUCUGGCCACCCAGGACCUGGUUAUAUCUAACACAUGUCUGGAGAGAGAGCUGCCCAACGCCCUAAAUCUGCCCCAGUUGGAUGGGUGGCUGUCGGCAGCGGCAGACUGCUUGGAGCUCUUUCCCGACCAGCUGAUCGUGGUUGCAGGGGAACAGCUCAGCCAACAAGGUGGCAUUGCAUUUUUAGAAGAUGACCAGGCAGAACAGAUGGCAAGCCAAAAGAGACUGCUCUUUGACACCAUUGCCAAGUACUACAGUGGACAGGAAAAAGCUCCGCUGCUCUCAGGACGCCACCUUGACAUACAUGCUGCAAUUCUGAAUUUGCUGGAUGAAGGGAAGUUGCAGGAUGCCAUCAAAGCAUCUCAGUUGUGUUUUCGACUGCUGGACACAAGUGUGAGAGAUGAACUCAGGAGACUACUGGCCUUUAUGGCCACAGCAGCUCGCCCAGAUGCUUGCCGUCUUCAAAAACAGAUUGAUAACAGGGCCUUGGUCAGCCGCACUUUUCAGAGAGCAAUUGUCCAGAAUCAUGAACUGACUCGAUCCCAAAGUGAAAUCCUGGUGCUGUUUCUCAUGGACAAAUGCACCGAGCUCUUCAAGACUCCUAUGUCCCUUAUUGAAGCUGUGAGGAGAACACUGAGGACUAUGCAGCAGGGAAAAGACCCUGACUCAAUUGCCACGUUCACCUUCUGCCAGCAGGUGACGCCACAGGAGUACGAGGAUCAGCGAGAGGCCACCACCUUGGAGAGCCUCAAACAGCUUCUUUGUGACAUUUCCUCCAGCAAAACCAUACCGGUCAAGGAGAGGAGGAGGCUGCUCAAAGAGUUUGAAAAACAUCACCCCGUGGUCUUCAUCCAGCAUUUAUCCAGCACCUUCUGAAAACGCACAACUGAAGGGUUAUUGUAACACUGAAAAGCUAGUUUGCAGUGGUACAGUGCUUACACUGAAGAAUGAUAAUUGAAUGCACUUCAUGGGUCAAAGUUUAAGGAUAGACACCUACAGCAUGAUCGCAUGGCUUAAAAUUCCUUUAAGUCACAAGAGGCCUACAAUAGUUGUUUUAUUUGUAUAUAUAUUAUUAAGUCGGUCUUGUUACAGCCCUGUAGCAUUGGAUCCAUUGUCUAUCUGAUCGACAUUUCAUUUUGAUGAAGCAUUUUGAGAUAUAACUCUGUCCAAGUCAUAGGUUUGAAUGGUUUUGCAUUAGUUUAUUAACAAUGAAAUAGCAAUUAAUCUAUGAUAUCUGGUGCCUAAACGUGUGUAGACUGUGAGCCGUGGUGGUUUCAGCUGUUGGUAGCGGUUGACAUUUUGUAUUAAGUGAGGAUACAUUUUUAAAUUUUACAUUAAUGACACUGAUUUGAUGUUAAAGAAAUGAAUAAUGUUUAAAAAGUGCUUUUGUGCACUAGAUUGUCCUAGCAUUGCUGUGGAAUACAGUAUAUGCAAAGUAAAAGGGAUUCCUGAAAAAACUACUCUCGAGUUUGAUCAGCCAUUUAGUCAGCUGUUUUGAGGCUGCAAUUGGUAAACAGCUUGUGCACUAAUUGAGGUACUUCUUGGUCCAGGUAUUGAUACUGUAUUUGGAUAAACCUAUGUGUUCAUUAAGAUCUAUUUAAGUUAGGCUUAUUUGAGCUUUGGUAAUGGAAGUGCGGUUUGCAGAAGUAAUGCUGUGCACUUUGAUCAGGCAUUAAUAUUUCUACAUGUCAAAUGAAGAACAACAAUAUUAUUGCAGCCUUUUUGUUUUGAGUUUUACCGAAGCAUACUCUAGUAUGGUUAAGGGAAAAAUACUGGUAAACGCAACACUAAUGUAGCUGAAUAAAGUUUAAUUCUAACUUGAUUCUGUUAGCGAUGAAGACAUUUUUCUCUGAUUUGUAAAAUUAAGACUAAUAUGAAAUGAAAGCAGUAAGGGUACAAUAAUGUAUUAGGCUAACCAUAGCUCAGGUUAAUAUAAUUCUUUUUAAUUUUCAGGGUUUUUAAGCUUGUUUUUAGUGCCAAAUCUUGGUCAAAUGUUUUAAUUGUAACUGUUUAGGAUUUUACUUGAGAAAUGGACAUGAUUCCUUUUUACAAAAGAUGUGUUAAUAUUGUUUUACACUACUAAUUUAAUCUUUGGUUAAGCAUAAUGCCUCAGUUGGAUUGUAUUAUUUUACUUUGUGAAGCCAUGGCCAUGUAAAAGUAAUUUACAGUCAAAUCUCUUUAAGUCAGCAUCUUUUGUUCUUUACGUACACU